AUGGCCGUGGCAAAAGGUUUUGAUGAAUUGAUCACUUUUUUACUCGAAGCGAUCGCUCUCUGUGGCGAGCAAGGCACAACUGUUGAAGAAAUUAUUGAUAAUAUUUUUGUCUUCUACAAAGACUCCGAAACAGGAGCUCAAGAAGCCGGUGGCGCUGUCCAUGGCGAGCACAACAAAGUGCCCGGGGUAGGGCAAUCGCUGCAGUUCACAGUAGACCGGCCAUUCCUGGAAUGUGCCUGGCGGUGGUUGACUUCUCAUCCGGAUGUAUACGUUGGAAUGAAAAGACAAGCCAACAGACUGUCGCUAUCAGAAAUCGAAAAUCUUCCGCUUGAGCCUCGAUCUUCGGAAGCAGCACAGCAUGACCAAACGCCUCAGCCAUCCUCUAAGCAAGACGCCUCUAAGAGAAGACGGCAACAGACGUCCUCUCCUGCACCUGCUGAAGUGGAAGAACGCCCUGAUGUUCAGCCAAAAAUUUUUGUAAGCCAAGAGCGCAUGUGGUAUGCUCUGACUGGACAUGGCAUCGACUGGAAACGCAUUCCAUAUUUGGAGUUUGUUAUUCUUUCGUUGAUUGGAGCAUCGAAAAGAAAAGGCAUCAUACAGCCGGAGCUUGUCAAACUCUCGGCCCAAGAUAAACGUUCUGUCCCAAAAAGAACCGCUGCUUUGGUUACCAAAGGAUAUAUUGAGAAGGCGUCUACUUUGGCAAAAGGUUCUCACACCAGCUUGUGCAUCCUCAAAAAAUUCGCUGGGACACACGAUGCCUUUCGAAGGGGCUUAGAAGGCGCCACCAAGGAAAAUCCUACAGCAGAGGCCGCCAGCAGAGUCGACGAGCUCGACAUUGCGCAGUUUGUUCAAAGCAUUUUGGAGACUUUGCGAAACAAGACUCUCGUCACACGAGAAGAGCUGAAACACAAACAGGGAACAAUCGACCGUCAGGCUCACAGGCGGGUUUUCUUUCGAGUCCUCCGUGAGCUUGAAGAAUUGGGCAUAGUCAGGCAUGUCUCAGGCUCAUUUCCGAAUAGUGCCACCCCCAAAUCCUUUUGCACCUGCUUGAAAUUGCUUCGUGAGCCAGAGCCUUCUGAAAUCAGUGAUCUUCUUGGCUCUGCUCCUUCUUUGUUCCGAGCCAUGUAUGAUCCGAACAUGGACGAGAUGGAGGACCAUGUGUUCUCCGGGAGUGCAGACGAUGGUGGUGCCGAGGUCACCUUUAGAACCGCGGAUGAUGAGGACGAGAUUAUGGAGGACGAAGCUGAUCAAAUGCAACUGGUGGAGCUCGAAAGAAUCCUUCCAUACUGGAGCCCUAGUCAACCACUUCCGAACAUGUUGUUCGAUGUGACCGAUUUCUCCGGGCUAGAAGGCGCCAACACAAUGCUCUUAAAAUCGAAAGGAAUGGGUCAGUUCUUUCUUAGACCACUCGAACAGUUAUUGGAUCGUCUGUCAGAACGAUGGCAGCUUGCCCAGCCUCCCCAUGUGCGCCAUCUUUCACUCAUUAGAGAUACCGAGCAACUCUUGAGUGUUUCAUGUUACAAAUAUUUCACCUACGAAAACUUUUCUCGACUUGUGGAUAUGGGCAAUGCGGACUGGGAAGCAGUCGGUGUUCAGCCUGCAAAAGACAAAGGCAGCGGUCCAACGGGUCCACUCAGCAAUGGUUCGCAUGACUUCAGUACGCUUACAGCGUCAAAAUUCGUUGGAAAUGGCGACAAGUCUCUCUCCGAAUGCUUGCAGGCCGCGAAAAUACCGUUCUUCUUGACUCGUCUGGACGCUGUCCUCGAAAAAGCAGAGAACGGCCAAUAUUCACUGAACUGGGCAGGACGGGGAGCUGAUGGCACACCAAGUGUGCCGCUCGGUAGACCACCAAGAUCCGAUAGCUCACUAAGGCAAGUGGUUCAAGUCGACCCUGAUGCACCGCGUAAGCCUCUCGGACGGCCUAGGAAAUACGCAAAGGGAGAAGAACCAUAUAGCAGAGAAAACAAGGCAAAAUUGAGGGCUGAAAAGAAGGCGGCGGCCGAAGCCUUGGCGAAGGGAAGGGCGGAGCGUCUUGCAGCGGCGUGGGCCGCAAGGAGAGCACAAAAGGCAGCCGGAGAGCACCAGUCACAAGAGCCAGAGGAAGAGUCACAACAACCCGCGAACGACCAGGAUGGCGCAAGACUACGCACUCCAAGUGAUGUUGAAGUGGAGUCCCCUCUCCCUCCACGAUCCACUGUAACCAGAAGAUCUCGCACGCGAGGAUCUAACGCUCAAGAUGUGGAAGAGGCGGAUACGAUCGUCCUUGCUUCGCCAACUCCCGAAGUUCAGGACGAGCCUCCUUUGGACAAUGUCAACGGUGCUACACCUCAACCUGCAUCUGAAACCGGCGAAGCAGAUCAACUAUCGUGUCCUGGAAUCUAUAUCAAUCCGCCUGGUUCCGCUCGUCCUAAAGUAAAAGGCAGGGGUCGUCCACGAAGAGCUAUAAUAGCCGUUUUUAAAUCACCAAGGUUAAGAGACCUCGGUUGGUUUUGCAAAACAAAUAGGAGUGUACGAUUUGCCACGCCUAUUGCUGCAGAAGAACGCCCAUCUUCACCUUUACCCACGAAUGAACCUCGGAGCAUCACCGGGAAAAGGCCAGGGGUGUCGUUAGCGAUGGAUUUGGAACCAGCUAAACGCCGAAGGGGGCGCCCUUCGAAGCAAAGCUCUCCUGAUUCUCAACCCCAGCCCUCAAAGGGAUCUUCAUCUUCAGACAUUGCUUAUGAAACAUCUCCAAGUGUGACUACAACGACGGAAAACAGCAAUAUUAGACCACUGUUUAUUUCGGAUUUCUUGUGGCUUGGGUCCUUGGCUGCUUCUUUACAAAGCCGGAGCGGCGCAUGGGACAAAUCCGGGGGUUUAUAUGAGACCCCAACGAUUCUUAGUGCGACGAGCCAUCGCGUGCCAGAGCCACUAGAGCCAUCUCCAAAGCGCAGAAAAGUCAUUGCUCCAGUGACACCGAGGAAAAGCCAACGCCAAGCAAAGGGCAGCCCGGCGGGGCACAAAGACAGCCCAAGGCCCAAGCGAAGAGCAAUAUCUCCUCAAAACGAGCAGGUCAACGCCGAAUCUCCAGUACGACAAAUCACACCUUCAGAUGCUGGGCGAACUGCGGAAAGUGGCCUCGGUGAAACCCAAGUUGGUACAGAAGAUGGGACUCGUGAACAGCCCGUUGACCGGGCUCAAGCUACUCAAGCCGAAGCUGCGACAAGCAGAGAGACUCCGGUUGACGCCAUUCAGGAAUCGCAAACCAUAGAAUACGAAUCCGGUGAUUUGCCAACGUUGCUUGAAGAAAGAACAAAAUUCAACGUUCGAGAUGACUCUAAGAUAACCUUGGGUGGCGGUACUGUUGGGUUCCAGAGAUCCAAGAUAAUUCUGGAAAUUCUGGAAAAAUGCGGAGGUGCUUACCCCGGUAAUCUUGAGAUCAUUUAUCCGUUUCUCACUGCUUGGGUGAAGCUUGGACGCGCUGAACCCGAUCGAUUAACUGUUCAAAAAGCAGUAAAGAAUCUCGUCGAUUCUGGCAAGAUUAAGAAAUUGAAAUUUGUUUUUAGAGACAAGAAGGGCACAAUGGCAACCAAAGACAUUCUUAUCAAACCAGAGGUUUCGCCCAAUUCAGCAGUGGUGAGGAACAUACAAGAAAACAUGAUCAAAGCCGAUCCGUGGUUGCAUCUGCCAGAAGGGGCAGAGAUCGCAGAAAAGUACCAAAAGAGAAUAAUCCAAUCGACGCGUCAGAUUGCAAUGAGACAAAUCGGCGAGAAGAAACGGACUGGCGACAAGUCGCGGACCAGAAAGCGGGGCAACGUGUGGAAGAUGAAGAAUGGGUUUUCUGGCGAAGAUGAAGACCGAAUGAGGGCCGAGAUCGAGGCUCUCGAGGCGUCCGUGAAUGCAGAACAAGGAGCAUUGGCGGAAAAGAUUGCUCAGCUGGAAGCUUUGAAGCGGAAUAUAGCGUUUGGCUCUCCGGACGUGACCGAAAGCCGGGACCAGGCUCCUCAGCCAACUAAUGCUCGGGCAAGGAGUCGUCUCUAUCGACUUCAGCGGCCACAGCGGCCAACAGGCCCUGGCGCACUGGAAGACGGAGACCAACAGCAACCUCUUCCCAUAGACCCUGCGCUGCUAGCCCUUUCCAGUGAAACAACCUCACUUGCAGAUUCAGCACACCGUCAACAGACUUUCACCGAGAAACUCGCGAGUCUCCAUAGAGAACGACGGCGCAAAUCUCUAGCGGACCCAGCUCUGAAGGUCGCUCCUGUGCGUGGUCGAUCACAGGGCGAUGUCUCUGCCAAGCGGCCUUUACCGACUUCUUUGGAAGACCUUAUGGAGCGUUGUGUCAAACGGCGAAGACGAGCAUACCAACCAGCGCUGCAGUCAUCUUGGCGAAAAUUUGCGCGCGAAGUUGAGACGGUGCAAGCCUGGGAGAUUGAAAACCCGACCAUUAUCGAUCAACGCCGAGACGGCUGGCACUUCAUAAAUCAUAAAAUUCCAGACCAGGAUACCUUAGUCAGUGUACCAUCUCAGCGGCUCCAAAUUGUCUUCCAGUCUGGUCACCCUGAGCCUGACUUGGCUGAGGCUGGGUCUGAUGACGAAAGAUCGCCCACUCCUGCUGAAGCCUGGGAGCGUGCAGACUUUGAAGAUGUAACGGCUUCUGGAAGAGAACAAAUGCGGCCACCGAGAUUGAUACCAUCGAAGCCAUCAUCGCGAAAUAAAAGACAACUGACAACAAGAAGGCUUACGUCUCUAGCUGAGAAAGCCGCAUAUGAUGCAAAGGUUAAUCUCGGCGUUCUGGAAGAAAAUGAUAGCAUCUUCAGGUCUCGCCGCGUGCGUGGUCCAAACUCGGACACUGCACUUUCGCCUGAAAUGGAACAUAAGCUGCUGACUGCGGUCAUUGUGGUCCGCACGCUUACAGGAGGAUUAGAGAGAAACAUUGAUUGGAUCAUUGUUUCACGUAUUUUUGAGCCAGAAUACCCGCAGAGAUUCAUUCAACAGCGCUGGUCUGCUCUUCAGCCAAAGUAUCGGCUACACAUUGACAACCUUCAGUCGGAAUUUCAGGAAGUCUUUGCUCAAGCAUAUGAAGAAGACCGCGUGCCUCGUAUUGACUAUGACAAUCUUUUGGCAUACGAUUGGUCUUGGUUGGUAAGUUGGGCUCAGCGAGCUUUGGAUUUGCAAAAUGUGCAAGGGCCACCUGAUCUCCCAGACAACCGCAAGAGAUUGGAUGACAUGUACGAAGUUCGCGACCUUCCUGACAACGCUUCGACAUGGAGAGAGGAAUUCACCAGCCAGAAUGUUACAAUGCUGAAGCGAAUUUCGACCGUUAAAUCUGUUCCGUUCACCCUUCCAUUUGCUACUUCCAAGCUUUCCUAUACGGACAAAGGGGAAGAAGAAAAGCAAAGGGAAAUGGAACAGAAGAGAUCGCUCGCUCGAUCCUGGGUUCGCGCAAACAUCUUCACCUACCCAGAGAUAUAUAAUCCCGACAAAGCACGCGAGAAGUUCCUCGGCAUCAGCAGUGAUUUACUCGAUAAGGCCGUGCACGCCCUCCUGCAAGAAAGGUCCAUUAUCGAAUCAAACAAGGGUCGACUCGUCCCAGGCCGCAACUAUGACAUUUCCGACCAUUUUCUUAAGUCGUCACGAAAAACCCUCGAGGAAAAUCACUUUGUCCGCGCCGUUGCAUUUAAACACAUUCUUGACCAAGCAUUCGCGGACAAGGGUUCCAUUGACUUUUCGUAUCAUGCAGAGGACGGCGACGUCAUGGCCGUCAUAAACCUCUUAGCCAACGGUCGUGUUCGACUGGUUCCCAAGAAUCCACCAAUGAACAAGUUUGGGCUCACCGAUGGAGGAUACCGGACGAGAUUUAUGCAAAAAUCGCGAUUGAUCUUUGACGUCGAAGUUCGUCCUUCGACAACAUAUAUUCAAGGUCUCCCACUUGAGCCGCUUCCUCCGCCUCCAAUGGAUGAAUUUGCAUACCAAAGUUCUCAAUCACAGGAUGGCAAUACCCAUGAUACUAUUGACGUUGGUCAAGUACCUACGACAGUUAUAGCACAGGGGCAAAUAGCCGCAUCCCAACAAAAGCGGAUCCCCUUUUGGGUAGACAUUCAUGAAAACUUCAACCCCGUCAUGUGGCGUCUCGCGCUGGCCGCAGUGCUAAGUAUCAUGGCGCUUCGUCCCGGAAUCAAUGUUCGCCAGCUACAUACCGCGACACGCCCCUGUUUUGACGAAUGGGAGUUGCAGCUGUUAUUGGAAUGGCUCGUUGAAGCAAAGGCUGCAAGAAAAGUCGGAAUGGUUGCCAGUGAUGGAGACGGAGAAGUAGGAGCAGAAGCCAUUCGUAGCCUCAACAGAGCCACUACCGCCGCCGCAGCAGCAGCAGAUGCCACCAUAUCCGAGACCGGGUACGCGCCUGAGGAAUGGUGGUGGACUGUCCUCAGACCAGAACCGAAUGUCUCGAUUCAUCACACUGCUCAUGAUCUCAGGGGUCAUGGUGUCGCGCAACAGACUACUCUUGAUAAUCCUCCACCUCAGCGCGAGGAACCUACAAUGAUUGAGUAGUCCCGCACAUUUUGCACGAUCAGUUACGAAUACCGGCUUUUGCAGACAGAUUUUUUUUUUCUCCCCUUCUUCUUUCUCUUCUUCUUUCUGUUCUAUUUUGUUUUUGUUUUUUCCCCUGCUAUUGUUUCGUCCACCCUCCGUAUCUCCUGCAGGAGUCUUUGAUCUCUUACUCUUAUUUCCACGCAAGCAUCGGGGCGAAACUUCAUUGGGCGUUGUGAGCAAGUCUUUAUCGUUAUAUUCUUCCACUGGCGAUAUUUUUAUUUCGAGGUCAUCCUGGGAACUUCUUUGCCUCAAAAUCGGCAUCAUACGGAAUGGGGAAUGGAGGAAUAGGAGUAUUUGUUUGAACUUUUUCCACUUCUUUUUUUUUUGUUUCAUUCCUUUAGCUGACUAUUCUCUGCGGUACCUCACAGUAGCUAUAGUCGCUUGUACUCAAUUACGUACAGUAUUCACUACU